CGGGAUGCGCAUCGCGAGCGGGCGCGUCCCGCAUCGCGAAUCGCAUCCAGGCUGGGAACAUUAUCGCAGCGCACCCGGUCGGCAGGUCUGACCGGGGCGCUGCGAAUAGGAGAACGCUGUGAGCACUCCGGGGAGGAGCGGGGACCCGGAGCGCUCGGCGUAACACAUAUCCAGUGCUCCGGGCGCCUGCACCGGCCGCGAGUGCAUUGUCCACUUGUCCCUGGCUGCAGACGGGACUGGGAUUGCCCCCGCAUGUGAAUCCCAGUCCGUCACUUACCUCUCUCCCCUGCUUCCUCCACUCAGCUCAGCUCCAGUGCAUCUCAACUCCUCCUCCGUCUCAGCUCCAGUGCGCGUCCCCAUCCCUUAGGGCGCACACGCCGGAACGCCUAAAUUUAAAGGGCCUGUACGCCCAUAAUUAUUGUGUACACCUGACACUAUCCUAUAAGUCCAUGCACCUCCCACACUUCCCUGACGGAUCUUAAGUGCCCUUAGCCUGAGAUUAUGCGUUCCAUAUUGCAUGUUUGCCUUACUUGUGUAUCCAGACCUCCCGCUACGUUAUUUGACUCCGCACCUUUGCCGCCUGCCUAACCUUCUUCUAUGUUUGACUAUGCUACUGCCUUAUCCUUCGGUACAUCGCCUUGCCCAGCUACCUGUGUGGUCGAGCCGUGUCGGGGGUAGCGACCUGGGUCUCACCUGCAGCAUCAAGCCCAUCCUGCCUUGCAGCGGGCUCUGGUGAAGACCAGCGGCACCUUAGACUACGCUCCCAGAUAUGGUCCGAGUCCGCAGCCACACAGGUUAAAGGAUCCACAUCCAGCUCGAUUACAGCAAGAUCCGGCCAUGGAUCCUGCUGGGGUUUCUCUGCCUGAUAGUCCAGAUCUCGCUUCCAUCGUGGCGCUCCAGUCACAGCAGUUGGCCCAGCAGACACAGCAGUUGAGCCAGUUAUCCGCCAUGAUGCAGCAGUUACUAACUGCCCAGCAGCAGCCGUCACUACCACAGCCUCCUUCGGCUCCUGUGGCACCUCCCGCUCCUACAGUCAUCUCCGGAUCAAGACCCCGUCUAUAAUAUAAGGGGGAUCCCAAGUCCUGUGGUGCUUUCGUGACUCAGUGUUCUAUGCACAUUAAACCUAUGGCGGAUCAGUUUCCUAUAGAACAAGCAAAGGUGGCCUUCAGCCUCAGUCUUUUAACUGGAAGGGCUUUGGCCUGGUCAACUCUGCUUUGGGAUUGCAGUGAUGCUCUCACUACCAAUCUCCAGGCAUUCCUGACGGAAUUCCGGGGUGUCUUCAAAGAACCUGCUCGAGCUUCCUUCGCUGAGACGGCAUUACUGAGUCUUACUCAGGGCAACUCCUCUGUAGACAAGUAUGCCAUUUAGUUUCGUACCCUGGCAUCGGAGUUAGCAUGGAAUGAUGAAGUUCUUCGCGCCACUUUCAAGAGAGGAUUAUCAAGUCAAAUCAAGGAUGUCCUCUCUGCCCGGGAAUUGCCAUCUAAUCUGAAUGAGCUUAUAUAGUGGACAUCCCAGAUUGAUAUUUUUUUCUCAGAGCAACGUGAGGAACUACGCCAAGAAAGGGAGUCUGCACGAAAGAACCCCGCCCCACAGGAAAGGACUCGCUGACGAAUUGAGAAUCUAUGCCUAUAUUGCGCCAGUGCGGAUAACUUCCUAAAAAAUUGUCCUCUGCGUCCUCAGCCACAGGGAAACGUGUGCACCUAGGGUUUGUAGCAGAGGCCUCCCUAGGUGUGAAUACCACCUCUCCAUACAUAAAUUUGACGGUCCACCUUUUCCUACCUUCCAAAGAGAUCAUCUCCGUUCAUGCCUUUUUUGACUCAGGCUCCGCGGGAAAUUUUAUUGAUGCUGCCCUAGUACAUAGGCAUCAUCUGCUGGUGUCCCACCUGUAAAAGCCUCUGUACAUCUCUACGGUGAAUGGUGAAAGACUGGACUGUACCGUGCUAUAGCGCAUAGAACCGUUGACUAUGCAGGUCGGAGUCUCGCAUAGGGAGAACUUGUCCUUCUAUGUUCUCCCUCAUUGUACUUCUCCUCUCUUGUUUGGCCUACCGUAUUUGCAACUCCAUGUUCCACACCUGGAUUGGAAAACUGGAGAAGUUUUUCGCUGGGGUCCACAUUGCAACUACAACUGUAUCCACAUAAGUAUCACAAAAUUGGAACCAUCAUCUCGUCCACUACCCGGUUUGCCUUCCUUUCUUCAGGACUAUGCCGAUUUCUUCAGUGAAAAGCAAGCCGAAGUGUUAGCACCACAUCAUCUCUACGAUGGUCCAAUUGAUUUGCCAUGUCAGGAGAACCUUCAGAAGGGAUUUAUCAGGAAGUCCUCUUCCCCUGCCAGAGCCUUUUUUUUCUUCGUGGAAAAGAAAGGCAGGUCUCUGCGACCUGCAUCGAUUACCAACGUCUGAAUAAAAUUACAGUGAAGAACCGAUACCCAUUCCCUUUAAUCUCGGAGUUGUUUGAUCUUCGUGGGGCCUAUAAUUGGAUACGUAUACGAGAAAGGGGACGAAUGGAAGCCUGCAUUUAAUUCUCGUGAUGAUCACUUCGAGUAUCUAGUGAUGCCAUUCGGUCUCUGCAAUGAUCCAGCAGUCUUCCAGGAGUUUGUCAAUGUCAUUUUUCAUGACCUCCUAUAUUCCUGUGUUUUUGUUUAUUUGGAUGACACACUCAUCUACUCGCCCAAUAUCCAGACUCAUCGCUCUCAUCUCCGCCAAGUGUUACAGCAUCUCUGUGAAAAUCAUCUUUACGCUAAACUGGAGAAAUGUACUUAAAAAAAAACAGCUUUCCAUUUCUGGGGUAUAAUAUUACCAGUCAAGGCCUUUAAAUGGAUCCCAACAAGCUGUCUGAAGUACUGGACUGGCCUCAACCUUCUGGCUUAAAAGCAAUUCAGUGCUUCCUCGGCUUUGCCAAUUACUAUCAGCAAUUUAUUCCUCACUACUCCACUCUGGUAGCCCCCAUCGUCUCGAUUACCAAGAAGACUGCUAAUCCAAGAGUUUGGACUCCUAAGGCUGAAGAAGCUUUCAAACCUUAACAAUAUAACAAUAUAAAAUGGAAUAAUGUCCUCAAAAAGAACCACAAUGACUGUGCUGCCUUCGCAAUGUAUUUUACAUGCUUGGCACUCAGCAGGGUCUAUUCCUUUAAGACCCUCCAUUUUCUUGAAGCCUAGAGGCGGGCCUUCUCUCUAAAGCAUAGGGCUAGAUCCGGCAUGUCUCAUUCAUUCCAGCUCCAGCCACCACAGUGACCAGAUCCACAAGACUUCUUAAAGCUAAUACAGACUGCAAAUCUGAUAAAUACCAAAGCCUUUUUACCGCACUUUCAUUAUAUCUCAGUAAAGAUUACAUCAGUUAAGCAAACCAGCGUGUCUUUCCUUGAGAUUCGGUAUAAACUUGAUGUGAAGCUGUGUCCACGAGACAGCGGAGACAUUAUAGUAAAAAGGCUUUUAAAACGUUAUCAGAAGCAGUUAAUCAGCUUUGAAUCGUCCGCAGCCUCAGACUCAUAAAUCCUGUGCCCUGCAGUCUGUGUCGGAGUAAGGGCGCGAAGCACUAGAAAGUGAAACUAAUUCUCUCACGUGCUAUAACACCGCUGUGCUGUGUCCAGUCAUCAUCAUUAUCUAGCUGCCAGCUAAAUCAAGAUGCAGAACCCAGAGAACAGCACUCUAACAGUUAACCCUCAAUGCUCCUAUAAAGAGGAAGACACCUUGCCAAGAAGUAGAUCUAGGUGCACAACAUUGUCUAGAGCGUCCAGUCAAACAAAUCUAACUUCGGUUAGCGCUGAUGCAUCAAGAUUUAAACGCCAUAGUUCUAGACACUCAAGCACCACCAGCCUGUCAUCCGCUAGCGCCAUAGCAACUAAGGCAAGAGCGAAAGCAGAGGCAGCUUGUGCAAUGGCGUCCUAUGCAAAGCAGGAAGCUGAAUUGAUGAAAGAACAAGCAAAAAGUGAAUCUGAAGCACUUAGAAGAAAAGCAAAAAGUGAAUCUGAAGCACUUAGAAGAAAAGCUGAAGUGCAAGCAUCUUUACACUUACUGCAACAGCAGAAAAACGCUGCAGCAGCCUUAGCCGAGGCAGAAGUUCUCACAAGGGCUGCCAAAGCUCAGUUCUCUGACAUAGAAACCCAGAUGUCACCCCUCAGCGCAAGCCAACGUACCCGUGAGUACAUUCAGUCACAAGCAAUCAUGUACACUGACCAGCAGUUCAAUGACACACCAAGACCAUCAUUGACUCCACCAGCAAUAAGCAACUUUGAUACUAUGCAACACUGCAAGACUGAAUCAGAACCUCAGGGUAGGAAGUCAAGUGGUCGCAUGCUCAGAGACCAAUCUGCCAACCUGACAAGAGUGCAAACGGAUUCUGAUGUACUCCCUCCUCAAGCAAAUGCAAGUCUGGAUUAUAGCAGAAAGACUUACAACAGAGGAGAACAAAGCAGACUUAGUCAAGUGCCUCAUCAGCCUUACCAGCCGCAGCCAUACCCUGAGUUUACACCCAGGAAGUAUUCACCAGAUGCAGCAAGAGCUACAGAGGUAGCAAGAUUCCUGAUGCGCCGUGAGAUAGUGAGCGCUGGUCUCAUGAAAUUCGACGACCGUCCAGAAAACUACUGGGCCUGGUAG